AUGGGUCCAUCUCAUGGUGAGAUGAUUUUAAACUCUCCAUUCCCAAAUCCUACUCAAACGCAACUCAAAAGGCAGGCCACCGUUGCUGCUGCACCUACUACCGACCGGCGACCUUCUGUGAAGUCAAGACACCAGGACCUUCAACGGUUUUCGCUGGUCUGCAAUUACUACGUUACUACUCAUUUUUGUAAAGGUGAAAGCACCGUCGGUGUUAGUACACCGCCCGUAGUAGUUGAAUAUAGAGUUAGAAAGCAAUUAUGGUCACCCGAGGUCAGGUCCAAGGAGAGGGGGGGUACCCUAGAAGCCAAGUCGUUGGAGUUGGCAACUGAGCUUUCUAAAUACAGGAUUCAUGUAGCAUGUGUUCAAGAGACCAGGUGGAAGGGGCAAAAAACAAAAGGUAUAAAGGGAUAUAAGUUGUGGUAUGCAGGUUUGGACGGCAGACGUAACGGGGUUGGCAUCCUAGUGUCUAAUGAUAUCCUAAAGCAAUUGGUUGAAGUAAGGAGGUGUAAUGACAGGAUUAUGCUAGUUAAGAUAGUAGUAGAGGAAGAGAUCAUAUUCUUUGUCAGUGCAUACGGGCCCCAAGUUGGGCUCGAUAAGCAAGUGAAGUGCAGAGAUGCAGGUAACUAUUACUCGGUACAUGGAGGGUUUGGUUUGGGGGCAAGGAAUGAGAGUGGGGAGAAUUUGCUGGAGUUUGCGCUAGCAAAAGAAUUGGUUAUAGCAAACUCGAUCUUUAGAAAGAAAGAUGAGCAUUUGAUCACAUGUAAGAGUGGUGGGUAUGCAACCCAAGUUGACUAUUUCUUAGUGCGCAAGGGAGAUUGGGCCUCAUGCUUGGAUUAUAAAGUGGUGUUGGGUACAGAGAUGCCCACCCAAAACAGGCUUUUAGUACUGGUUUUCAGGAUGAGGAAGAAAAUUGUAGAGAAGAAGGUCGAGUCUAGGGGGAAAGAUCAUAUGGGGGAGAUUCAAAGGGGAUAUGGUCACAACCCUGUCAAGCAAGAAAAGUUUAUUGGGCUUCCCAAGUCGGUCAGAGAAUGUGAAUGA